CUCCAAGCAGGCUCACAGGGCAGACUGGCUCUCUCCCAGUUACCAGCAGCCAUCCUUUCUGCCAAGUCUUGUGACAGGAGACAGCUGCAGCUCUCCACCCCAGCUAUAAAAAGCCCUAGCUACCUAAGUGACCAGAGGUCGUGCAGCGGACAUUCAGGGUGCGUCUUUGGGGCCAAGGAAGGCGUGCGACCCUGAGAAUCAUGCCAAGGCUCCCCCCUAUCCUGAGGCUGCUCCAAGCACCCGUCAAGUACACAGUGGUUCCUAAAGCCCAUGUCUCUGCCAAGCCAGCCAAAACUCCCACUUCCGCCAUGGAGCAGGCUGUGGGGAUCACAGUCACAUUCGUUGGCUUCUUGGUUCCAGCAGGAUGGGUUUUAUCCCACUUGGAGAGCUAUAAAAAAAGCUCCGCAGCCUGAGGUGGCACAUCCCUGAGAGAUUACAUUAAACGCUUCCAGCCCCA